AUGUUUGGGCGGCUGGUGGCCCCCAAGGACGCGGAGAUGAUCGCGUACGCUCAGCUGGAGGUGCUGGGGUUCAUGCCCACGCUGCAGAUCCCAAAGCUGCUGAAGCCCCCGGAGGUGGACAGGCGGGAGCUGAAGAGGCGCAUCAUGGACCCAGAGGUCAAGAAGCAGCGCCACGCCCUGGGCCGCCUGUUCCGCCAGUUUGGGCUGGACCAGUUCCGCAUGAGCCGCUACAUCCUGCAGCACAGGCAGGCCCUCUUCACCGCAGCCUACAAGAACGCCGCGCGCGCCGCCGCGGCAGCGGGGCCGCACGCAUGGUGA